AUGGGAGCCAUCAGCCCAUCAGAGGCCCAUCUCCACAAGGCCAGGGGAGCACAGAGUCCUGAAGGCAGACAGGAGCCCAGAUUAAGGACGCAGAGGGAGGGACAGCCUGUCCCAGGAGAGCCUCAGACCCACUGUCCAGCCAUGGGACCCAUCAAGGUCCCAGAGGCGAGGAGGAAGGGUUGGAGCAAGGAAGAUGUAGCCUUGUUGGAAGAGGAUCAGGACAAGAAAAUCAUCAGGAGUAGUCAACAUGGCUACACCAAGGGGAAGUCUUGCUUGACCACCUUGAUAACCUUCUAUGAUGAAGUGACUGGCCUGGUAGACAAGGGGAGAGCUGUGGAUGUUGUCUACCUGGACUUCAGUAGGGCCUUUGACAGUGUCUGCCAUGUGAUCCUCAUAGAGAAGCUACUGAUGUACGGACCAGAUGAGCAGAGAGUGAGGUGGAUUGAAAACUGGCUGAAUGGCCAGGCCGAGUGUGGUGAUCAGCGGUGCAAAGACUUGUUUGGAGGCCAGUGCCUAGCAAACAAUGGGUCACUUGCUUGGUGCCAGAAUCAUAAACAGUGUUCAAAGUGCCUGGAGCCCUGCAAAGAGUCCUGGGACCUGAAGAAAAACCAUUGCCAAAGCUUCUGUGAGCCGCUUUUCCCCAAGAAGAAUUAUGAAUGCCUAACUAGCUGUGAAUUCCUUAAGUACAUCCUGUCUGUGAAGCAAGGGGACUGCCCAGCACCUGAGAAGGCCAGUGGUUUUGCAGCUGCCUGUGUUGAAAGCUGUGAAGCUGAUAGUGAAUGUUCUGGAGUGAAGAAAUGCUGUUCCAAUGGAUGCGGUCAUACGUGCCAAGUUCCAAAAAAUCUGUACAAAGGUGUUCCACUGAAACCCCGGAAAGAAUUAAAAUUCAUAGAACUUCAGUCUGGAGACCUGGAGGUGAAGUGGUCUUCAAAAUUCAAUAUUUCCAUUGAGCCUGUGAUCUAUGUUGUUCAGAGGAGGUGGAAUCAAGGAAUCCAUCCAAGUGAGGAUGAUGCUACUAGCUGGCAAACUGUGGCGCAGACUACGGACGAGCGGGUUCGGCUGCCGGACAUCCGAGCGAGCAGGUGGUACCAGUUCCGUGUGGCAGCCGUGAAUGUGCACGGGACGAGAGGCUUCACAGCACCCAGCAAGCACUUCAGAUCCUCGAAAGAUCCGUCUGCUCCACCAGCUCCAUCUAAUAUUAGAAUUGCCAAUAUCAGUGCAAACAAUGAUGGAAGUGUAAAUGUAAUGAUUACUUGGGAUCUUCCAGAAGAGCCUGAUAUCCCAGUGCACCACUACAAAGUCUUCUGGAGCUGGACAUAUAGCAAAUAUGUAAUCCCAGCUAAAAAAAAGAGAAGGAAGAUUACCGAUGGGGCCCAAAAUUAUGUGGUCCUGGAGGGACUCCAACCCAACAGCAACUACAAUGUAGAACUGCAGGCAGUAACACGUUGGGGUCAGAUACGCCUAAAAAGUGCUAAGGUUUCUCUCCAUUUUAGCACGACUCAGGACACCAGGAAUAAUAAGGAACAGACAUCUUCUGCUGGGAAACACCAGAAAGGACUGGUAGAUCCUUACCCAACAUUUCAAAGAAGAAAACCCACUCGUUUUCUUAAAAUUGGAACUCCUUUCUAUCAGGACAAUCAACUUCAGGUCAAAGUCUACUGGAAGAAGACAGAUAUCAGCAUGAAUCAAUUCCAAGUCCACUGGUUACUGGAGUCCUGUGCACACAAUGACACCAAAGGACUUGGGAAAGUAACUGAGCUGACUUACGAAAACUACAUGAUUCUGAAGGAUCUGUCAUUUUCAUGCAAAUAUAAAGUAACUGUUUUGCCUGCAAAAUCUAAAGGUCGUUAUAAAGCUGAGAGUAUUUUCUUUGUUACCCCACCUUGCUCUGCAUUUAAAGAAAAAAACCACAAAGUUUUUAUUUUUGUAAGGAGGAACGGUUUCCCAGUUAUAUUCAUUAUAAUGACAGAUGAUAACUUGCCAGUUCUACCCAAAGUGUUGGCCAAACCAGAGAAUCUAUCUGCGUCUUUCAUUGUCCAGGAAGGUAACAUCACUGGUCAUUUUUCCUGGAAGAUAUCUAAGGCAGACCUUCACCAGCCCAUGACAGGGUUUCAAGUCACUUGGGCAGAAGUAACCACAGAAAGCCGGCAGAACAGCUUACCCAACAGCAUCAUUUCUCAGUCGCAGAUACUGCCAGCAGAUCAUUAUGUACUUACCGUGCCCAAUUUGAGGCCAUCGAUGCUGUACCGCUUGGAAGUUCAAGUGCUGACGACUGGUGGGGAAGGGCCAGCUACAAUAAAAUCGUUCCGAACACCCGACCUUCCUCCGUUUUCACCCCACAGACCUCAUCUGAAACAACUUCAUCCACAUCACUACAAGGCACCCCCAGAGAAAUAUUAGACUGUUUCAGAUGAUUAUGCAGAGAACCAAGAGAAAAACUGAGCUCCCAAAUGGAAGCUGGGAAAAGGCGCAUCUGUAGGAGCAACGAACCCAGUUUUCCAGUGGAAGUCACCAUCCUGUACGAUUUGUAUCUACUUCUCUGUAGUUUAGCCAUGACAAAUUGUAUUUGCACCAAGGCCAGGAUGAAACAUACAGCAAGUAUCAUUUCAGUACCA